AUUGGCCGCAGCGAGCUAUAAAUACACCAAAGGAGUCCAUUGAUAACAAAGGUGCUAGUUUUAUAUUGGAAUGUGUCACAGCUGACCCUCUGACGGAAACACAAUGGAGAAGUUGGAGGUGGGGGUUGUGCGAGGGGGGGGGUGACACAGUUUCCAUCCUUCUCAGCUCAGCUCUGACCUGGCUGGAACCACCGCACCUUACACCGGCUGCACGCGGACGACACGCCGGCAGUGUGUGCCUCUAGAGCGGGGACACGAUGGGCAACUUGCCGCUCUUCAGCGGCCUGUUCGCUGCAGACUCCCCCCAGCCUGACAGCAGGACCAUCAGCAGAGGCAUCAUUUACUUCCAGUCUUCUCCUCCGACCCCGGACUCACUUCCCGCGUCCUCCCCGAGCCUCGUCCAAUCGCAGCCCUCCUCGUCCUCCCGCCCUCUCCUCCUCUUCCUGUCCUGGCUGGGCGCCCAUCCGGCGGCGGCGUCCAAGUACUUCCACACGUACUUGGAGCGCGGCAUGGACGUCCUGCUGGUGCAGAGCAGCGUGCUGCACUUCCUCUGGCCCCGCUGGGGGCUGGACUACGGCGGGGAGGUCCUCCGAGUGCUGGAGGGGCCCGAGUUCAGCGGGCGGCCCCUGCUCAUCUACGCCUCGUCCAUCGGGGGCUACACCUUCACGCAGGUGCUCACCCACGUGGCCCACAGGCGGGGCGAACAUGACGCGCUGGCCCGCAGGGUCGUAGGUCACAUCUACGACAGCCUGGUGGCGGGCACCUUGGAGCACAUGGCCACAGGCCUGGGCAAGACGCUGGCGCCGCGCCUGGAGCGCGUGGUGAAGAGCACCGCCAUGUUCUACUUCUGGCUUUUCAAGAGCAGCACGACCGACCUCUACCUGCGCGCCAUCCAGGUGUUCGACAGCAGCCCCGUCACGGCGCCGGCGCUCUUCUUCUUCAGCGAGGACGACGCCCUGUGCGACGCGGCCGCGCUGGAGAGGACCGUGGAGCGGUGGCGGCGGAGGGGCGUGGCCGUGCGGAGCCGGAAGUGGGAGCGCUCCAAGCACGCCGCGCACAUGCGGUGCCACCCGGAAGAGUACCGCUCAACGCUGGAGAGUUUUUUGAACUCGCUGCCUUUGACCCCCGUUGGUGCACUAAUGUAAAUAUUAACAUUCCUGACAUUAUUAACAUAUCUGCUUUAUUGGCAUCUCUUUUAUACUGGCCACAACAUUAGGCACACUUGCUGCAAUAGCACUCACCCUGUGUACCUAAUGAAGUGUCCCUUGUAAUACCCAUACUUUUCAGCGCUCAUACAAUCUCAAAUCCCUUUAUAGACCAGUUGAUCUGCCGUUUCUUUUCUUUUUCUUCUAUGUCCCACUCUCCCUUGUGGAGGGGGUCCGGUCCGAUCCGGUGCCCAUGUACUGCUUGCCUGUGUAUCGGCUGGGGACAUCUCUGCGCUGCUGAUCCGCCUCCGCUUGGGAUGGUUUCCUGCUGGCUCCGCUGUGAACGGGACUCUCGCUGCUGUGUUGGAUCCGCUUUGGACUGGACUCUCGCGACUGUGUUGGAUCCAUUGUGGAUUGAACUUUCACAGUAUCAUGUUAGACCCGCUCGACAUCCAUUGCUUUCCUCCUCUCCAAGGUUCUCAUAGUCAUCAUUGUCACCGACGUCCCACUGGGUGUGAGUUUUCCUUUCCUUGCCCUUAUGUGGGCCUACCGAGGAUGUCGUGGUGGUCUGUGCAGCCCUUUGAGACACUAGUGAUUUAGGGCUAUAUAAGUAAACAUUGAUUGAUUGAUUGAAAUGAAUCCAAAAUCCACAUUUGGAUUGAAAAAACUGAUCGCUUUGGAAUUAGAGAAAACAAAGCGUAAAACUAGCUGAAGAAGUUAGCAUACCUCAGAUACCAAGUUAAAUGCGUACUAUGGCUAUGAGUUGUUUUUUUUCUCCCCUUGGCCUCAGUCUGGACCCCCUCUCCAGGGCCCAGGCUUGGACUGAUUUUUGCAUUUUAUUUUAAUCUUUUAUUUCCCCCCCCCCCAUUUGUUUACCUGUAUCUCACCUUUUUUGUAAGGGGCGGGCAGACCCGUCAGCCAUCCUGUUCUGUCUCCCUGUAAUGUUUGUCUGGUCCUGAAUGGGAUUGUGCUGAAAAUUUUAAUUUUCCUGAAGGAACUCUCCUGAUGGAAUAAAUAAAGUACUAAUCUAAUCCAUCUAAUCUAAAAUGACUCCAAGGUGUAUGGCACUGGAAUUAGAGAGAAAAAAAAAACGGUAAAAUUAUCUGAAAAACUUAGCAUGUUAACAUUAGCAGGCUAACAGUUAGCAUGUGUCAUAUAUCAAGUUAUAUGAUUUUAAGGUGUAUGACUGCAGAGUUAGAGGAAAAAACAAGAGUGUGAAAUUAGCUGAAACAGCAUCCUAACAGUUAGCAUAUGUCAAAUACCAAGUUAAAUGACUAUGUUUAUGGCAGUGGUAUUAGAGAAAAAAAGUGUAAAAUUAGCUGAAGAAGUUAGCAUGCUAACAGUUAGCAUGUGUCAUGUACCAGGUUUUAUGACUCUAAGGUGUAUGGCUGCAGAGUUAGAGGGGGAAAAAAGUAAGAUAAGCUGAAAAAGUUAGCAUGCUAAUGUUAAAAUGCAGUUAACGAGUGCCAUAUACCAAGCUAUAUGACUCUGGGGAAAACUUGCAAAACUAGCGCUAAAUGUUAUCAUGCAACUUUUAACAUGCUAACAGUUGGAAAGUGUCACAUACCAAGUUUUUUGACUCUAAGGUGUACCAAUUAUAGAAUAAAGUGUAAAAUUAGCUGCAAAAGUUAGCAUGUUAAUGUUAGCAUGCUAAAAAUUAGCAUGUGUCAUAUAUUAAGUUAUAUUACUAAGGUGUAUGGCUGCAGAGUUAGAGGGAAAAAUAGUGUGAAAUUAGCUGAAAAAGUUGUCACACUAAUGUUAACAUGCUAACAGUUAACAAGUGCCUUAUACCAAGCUAAAUGACUCUGCGGAAAACUUGCAAAACUACUGCUGAAUGUUAGCGUAUUAAUUUCGCAUGCUAACAGUUGACAAGUGUCACAUACCAAGUUAUAUGACUCUACGGUGUACCAAUAAGAGAAUAAAGUGUAAAAUUGGCUGAAAAAGUUAGCAUGUUAAUGUUAGCAUGCUAACAGUUAGCAUGUGUCAUAUAGCAAGUUAAAUGACUUUAAGGUGUAUUGCUGCAGAGUUAAAGGAACAAAAAGUGAAAUUAGCUGAAAAAGUUGGCAUGCUAAUGUUAAAAUGCAGUUAACGAGUGCCAUAUACAAAGCUAUGUGACUCUGGGGAAAACUUGCAAAACUAGUGCUGAAUGUUAGCAUAUUAUUUUGCAUGCUAACAGUUGACAAAUGUCACAUACCAAGUUAUAUGACUCUAAGAUGUACCAAUUAGAGAAUAAAGUGUAAAAUUAGCUGAAAAGGUUAGCAUAUUAAUGUUGGCAUGCUAACAGUUAGCAUGUGUCAUAUACCAAGUUAUAUGACUCUAAGGUGUAUGGCUGCAGACUUAUAGGAAAAAAAAAGUGAAAUUAGCUGAAAAAGUUAGCAUGCUAAUGUUGAAAUGCAGUUAACGAGUGCAAUAUACCUACCUAUAUAACUCUGGGGAAAACUUGCAAAACUAGCGCUAAAUGUUAACAUGUUAAUUUUUGACAUGCUAACAGUUGGCAUGUGUCACAUACCAAGUCAUAUGACUCAUAAAGUGUACCAAAUAGAGAAUAAAGUGUAAAAAUAUCUGGAAAAGUUAGCAUGCUAACAAUUAGCAUGUGUCAUAUACCAAGUUAUAUGACUCUAAGGUGUAUGGCUGCAGACUUAUAGAAAAAAAAAAGUGAAAUUAGCUGAAAAAGUUAGCAUGCUAAUGUUGAAAUGCAGUUAACGAGUGCAAUAUACCAACCUAUAUAACUCUGGGGAAAACUUGCAAAACUAGCGCUAAAUGUUAACAUGUUAAUUUUUGACAUGCUAACAGUUGGCAUGUGUCACAUACCAAGUCAUAUGACUCAUAAGGUGUACCAAUUAGAGAAUAAAGUGUAAAAAUAUCUGGAAAAGUUAGCAUGCUAACAAUUAGCAUGUGUCAUAUACCAAGUUAUUUGACUCUCUGGUGUAUGGCUGCAGAGUUAGAAGAAAAAAGUGUGAAAUUAGCUGAAAAAGUUAGCACACUAAUGUUAACAUGCUAACAGUAAACAAGUGUUUUAUACCAAGAUAUAUGACUCAGGGGAAAACUGUUGUAUAACUAGCGUUACACGUUGGCAUGUUAAUUUUAGCAUGCUAACAGUUAGCAUGUGUCACAUGCCAAGUUAUAUGACUGUUAGAGAAUAAAGUGUAAAAUUAGCAUGUUAAUGUUAGCAAGCUAGCAGUUAGCAUGUGUUUCAUACUCGAGUAAAAAUCCCUGAUACUUUU